AUGGCAUGGCAAUGGUAACAUCCUCUUGCCCUUUCCCUCAUCACUUAGUUAGUCAAGAGAAACUCCUGAUGCUGGGAGUGUGUUCUCCUAAGCUGGCUGCUGGCACAUGGCUAAUGCACCCUUCAUCUCUGUCCAGAGUAAAUCCCUGCUGUUUGCAAUACUUCAGGAACCUCCAACAUAUGCAAACAUCUUCCUCCUUUUUUUUUUUUUCUGGUGGCUGUUUACUGUGGAUUGCAGCAAACAGAAUAAAUGCUGUCUUGGACACAAACUGUAAAUUGCUGCUGAUGGCAGUUCUUGGGGAUUCUGAAGGGUUGCAGAGAACCAUCCAUUUUCCUGGUAGCUUCUGAGGCAAUUCUCUUAGUUGCCGGUGUCUUCUAAAACUAAUGGAUCUGACAAAAAAACAGAAGUAAUUCAGAAAGUCCAGGAAAGUCCAUCUUUCUGAGUUUGUAUCACUUGGCAGAUGUAGGAUAGAAACUGGCAGUGCCUGACUGAACUGUUGAAGUGUAGGGUCUCAUGUUUGAGGUUUCCAGGAUAUUUUGAGCAUUUAUAGUCUGUAACCCUUCUUGCAUGUGAGUUUGUGAGGUCUUUGGUUUUUGACACAAUAUAAAUUCAUUGUUUGCCUUAGCCCAUGUGAAAAGGCUGAAGCAAGGCUUUCUCCUUUGCCUUCCUUUCUGCCCCCUUUCCUCUCCAAACAUAGUGACAGAGAUCAUGGGGAGCCAGACUGUCCUGUAAAUCUUCCUGUAUCUCCUUAUAAUGGAGGCAUCUCUGAUUUGAUUUUCAUAUAAUAAUAUAGCUUGGAAGGGAGCUCUGGUCAUGUGUUCCAGUAACCUGCCCAAAGCAGGACCAGCUGUGACUAGUAGAUCUAUUUAGUACGGAGCUCCUGUUUCAACUUUACAGGACCUUUUAAACAUAAGCAUUUAAAAAACAGGCAGGGUUACUGUGACUGCCCAUGUGUUCAGGGUGAGUAAAAGCCACCAGCCUAUGAACAUCAUUUUGUUGAACAUCAUAAACUGAUUUCUGCUACCUUGCAGCAAGUGGAGCAAAUAUUCUUGUCUAUUACAGAGUCAAAUUUAUGCAGAGUGAAGGAAUCCUAAAUUACUGUGAGGCUGUGAUCCUCAGAAAGCCCUGGGAAAAAUUAUGUGCUUGUUUCUUAGAGGCCAAGAAAAGUGGAGUUGAUUGAUAUAUUUGUGGUGUUAUCAUUAAGUGCCUACUGUUCAGUGUGUCUUGCGCUUUCAGAUUAACCUGGGCUGAGGUGUGAAUUCACAACCUCACAGCUGGGGCUGCUCGGGAGCUUGCUGAAACCCUCAUGGCAUCACCAGAGAGGUACUUGUAGAUAUCAGUGACUGCCUCUAGGGACAUAUGGCAUGCUAGAGGAGAAAAGGAUCCCUCUGACAGUAACACUGUCUGCAUUUUUAUUAGGAGGAAGUUGAUGUGCCUCUUAGGAACCUAAGGUUAAUUGAAUUUGUGAUUAAAACUGGCCAGAGCUCAUUACUCGAUGUGUGGCAAGUUUGCUAUUGGAACAUGUAAGUAAGAUUGUUUUGACCCAAGUUGUGCCAGAGCAUAUGAGUGGAAACACUAAAAUCUGAAUAUCCAGGCCUACCAUAAGCUGUGCUAAGUGCACUUGGUGAGAUAUCCUGUGUGGGGAGAGCAGACGGGGCUCUAAUUCCCCAUUGAGGCAGCUUUGCUGGUGACAGCAGCUGUGAGUUUGGCAGAGAAGAGGGGCACCAGGUUUUGUGACCCCCUGUCUCCAAAGAGUGCUGUUCUGUUCUGCAAGCUCACCCCUACCCAGAGCACUUUGCAGAAUACUGUUACACUUUUUCACCAGAGCAGCUUGUCAGUGGAGGUUUGUUGCCACCUCAUGGAGGCACUGAUGAUACUGUGCAGUCAUGCUUACCUGAUGAGGGCAUACACCAAGCCCAGUCUUGCUGAAUGCCAUUAAAGUCAAACUGUAAAUAUCCCCUUAUUCAAUGUUUCCUGUAGCCUUUUCCCUUUUUCUUGUGUUCAGCUGGGAGAACUCUUUUUUCCUUUUAAGUUUGGCAAGAUUUCUGUUGGGGUUUUCUGAGAUUCAGGAUUACAAGUGCUUUGCUGGCUCUCCAUCAUUUCAUUACCAUCUCUAAACGCUCUUUCUUUCUCUCUAUAAACGAAACUUCACCAAGAGAGUAUCUCAUGCAUUCAUUUAUGUUUGUUCCUGUGAAAUGCCUCUGUGGAUUUGAGCAGCUUUUCCCAGUGGUUUUCCAGCUUUAACCAAACUGACACUUGCCCCGAUGGCAGGCUGCAGUGUCAGUGAGAUGGAUUAAACAACAAUUACGGGAAUUAACGACACUAGGAAGGAACUAGAAUGCCAUGGGUCAGCACCUUUCUGUAGGUUCAGUCAGUCUGUUUUCUGUUUCCUUAUUGAAUAGAUCUACUGCCUUCUUUUUUUUCCCCAAUAACAAAACAUAGUUAGCAUUAAUGUUUUGUUUAUUUUGUAGUUUUCUUUGACUGUGGCUGGAGAAAUUAACACAAAUCUCCUUUGGACAAAACUGCUUGUUCUCAGGAUAGCUGCCUCUUUUUCUCAAUGGGCUGAGGCUACAAGUUGUUCAUCUGAAGCAUCAGAAACUGGAUGCAGGCUCAUGUUGGUGGCAGUGACAGAAAGCCUAGCCAGGAAAAUCAAGUGGGUGGCCUCAUUCCUUUUGAGAACAAUGGGAAAUGGCAGCCAUUUCUGGGUGAAACAAGAGCUUGCUGUGAAGCAGAUAAAUGCUAGAUGUAGAGUACCCCGGUGCUGAAAAAAGAGGUUUCUCCUUAGGGAAAGCAAGUUGCAGAAAUUGCCCACCAGUCUAGUCAAAAGUCCUAUGUACUGUAAAAAAAAUCCAAAUUUGAUACAGCCUUUUCAUGAUAUCCUGCAAGUUGUAACAGAGAAGAUGGUGUAAAAAUUUCUAUUGCAUGUUGUGCCAGAUAGAACAAUAAGGUAUGUUUCAGGCCUCUAAAUUUUCUCUAAGUUUCAAGCAGUGUCACAUUAGAAGCUAAUUCACCGCUCUGAUUGCAAGUUCUCAUGGUUUUUUUCUGUGCACAAAAUGUGGCAAGUGAUGUGAGGCUGAACUGAAAAUCUUAUGCAUAAGUCAGGGCAUCAGAUGAUGUGUAAAAUUUGUUUUUACCUUUAAAGCUGAGAAGGCUCCUUCACACUAGUGUUGCUUGGUAUUUUUUUUCCUAAGCUUGAAAAUUGCCUUCUAGAAACAAAACAGCUGCCUUUUCCUGGUGAGAGGUUGUUGUGGGUUGGGGUAGCUGGAUCCCACCAAACUCCUCUGCCCCAGUACUGCACUGGCCAAGUGGUUGGAUGCAGGAGGUUGCUUUGCACUGAUUUCCUUUUACCCAAUUAUGCUUUGCGGGAUGUUCAACCCAAGGAACAUGGCUGAGCGAAAGAGGAAGCCCAAGUUUUCCAAGGAAGAACUGGACAUUCUGGUCACUGAGGUGACUCGAAAUGAAGCCAUGCUGUUUGGGAGGGAGACAAUGCGUCUGUCCCAUGCUGACAGGGACAAGAUCUGGGAAGGCAUAGCCAGGCAGAUCACAUCAGUCAGCCAGGUCCCCAGGUCUGUAAAAGACAUUAAACACAGAUGGGACGACAUGAAGAGAAGGACCAAGGACAAACUGGCACUCAUGCAGAGGUCCCUCUCCAGCCCCAGCAGUGCGGGGCAGCCCUCAGCCAUCGUCCUGACCGCCCAUGAGAGAGCCAUCCAGUCGGCGCUGCAUUCCUCCCACCAGAGGCACGGCCGCAGGAGAGUGGAUGUGGACGAGGUUGACAGCGUGACAACGAGCUCUGAUGAAGAUGAAGGGAUGCCAGGCACUUCUCAGGAACACCACUUCUCUUCGCUGCCGAGGGCUGGUGCAGGUGUCAAUCCAUUCUCCAGGCCCUCCUUCCUUCGCUCCUCUUCCUCAUCAGAGCCCUCGGAAGCUGCCAGCCAAAGGCAGGACCUGCGCUGUCCAUCCCCACACGUCACCUCGGCCUGCAGACCCCCGCACCCCCGCACAAGGAGCCCGCCCCUCGCCAGCUUCGACCGCCAGCUUCUCCAUUCCCAUGCACAGCAAACAGACCUGUUCAGGCAGUUCUGCCAGGAGCUGGUGGCCAUUCACAGGGACAUGGCACAUAGCAUGCAUGCCGUCAGCCAGAGCAUGGCUGACCUCACCAGCCAGGUCCGCCAGAUGUGUCAGACACUGACAGAAAUACGUGAUGGGGUCCGUGCUUUCCAGAGGAUACGGGAUCCUAGUGCCAUGCCAGGGUCCUGUCUGCAAGCAGCUUGCUCUAAACAGUCCGCCAGGCCCAGUGCAGAGUCUAACCAAAACUCUCUAAAACUCACUCCUGCACGGGCCACCAGGUCACGAAAAAGAAAACAUCAUUUUUAGUCUGUUUCACAUAAAGUAAAGAAGGAUGCCCCUUCCUGAGCUGCUGCAUGUUCACAUGGCUUCCCAUGUGUAUCAGUAUUCUGUGGAGAGGGUCAACAGCUGACCCAACCCAUCCAUCCCCCCUGUUGGCUAACAGAGCAGUAUGAAUAUGGCAGCUAAUUGUAGGACUGGCCCUCUGCAAUGGCAAAGAGGAAUCUCAGAUACUAUAGAGCUUGGAAUGUAGGACAUCUUUGGGUUCAUAGAGAUUAAGAGUUUUCACUGUCUUUCCCAUACUUUAAAUGCUGUAUAAACUAAGAGAUGCAAUAGAAGUAAUUAUCUGGAUAUCUUCCCAUGCCUGUGAAAUAUUUUUUACUGAAACAGCAUGCUACAGAGAUCCCUUUGUAAUCAACUCACAAAUUUAUCCUAAUACUGCAUUUCUAUUAUCUUCCUCAAUAUUAGUAUAUGCAGUAUGUGCAGAAAUACAGAAUUAUGGCGAUAAAAACUCUUAUUGAUCAUUGCUUUUAUCUUUCAUUCAGCAAUAGUGGGCUGUCUGGGGCUUACUGUGACUAAUACACAGCUUUGGAAAGAGGAAUGUAAAAGCAGAGCUUGUGCAGGGAAGGGAAGAAGGCAUGAUUCUGAGGACAGAUCUGAGCACCAUGGGGUUUUAGACUGCUGAAAAGGGUUGCAAAGGUGUAGGCCUUUGCAAGGAUCCUGCAGUGCCACAUGCACUUGUGUUAAGGAGUUCAACCUUUGUUUGCUCCAGUCUGAAACCCCUACCUUUCACAAUUGCAGUUAAAAUACAAUUAUUUCAUCAUAUGACAACAUUUAAAUAUAAUUGUAUCAUAUUAUUUUCUUGAAUGUUGUCAAAUCUUUAGUUUUGAAUGACCUCACCUCUUCAAAAUGUGGGAGACUGAACAGAAACCAGAAAAGACGUAGGGCCUGCUACUUACAUCAAACCAGUUUGGUUUUGUUUUACUGUAAUUCUGUCAGCUUCAGUACAGUUACUUUGCACUUAGUUUUAUUUAGGGUGGGAUCUGGACUGUGUUUUCCAGUCAUGAAGAGUUUACAGUCUAAAUUCACAGCUAUAUAGGUUAAAAUCUUAAACAUCUUGAUUUUAUCCUGCUUUUUUUCCCAUAUGCAUGCAAGAAAGAACUAUGUUAUUUGAAUUGCUCUAGAGCUGUGUGAGGUUCCCAUGUAAAACUCUGAUUCUGAAACUAGGCUUUAAUAGUGUCACUUCAGGUGGCGAUCAUGUAUGUGGUAGCUGUUUUAUAAUAUGUCUGUUUUCUCCUUAAUUUUCACCUCUGCAUCUAGCAUGCUGCCCCCAUGUCUGGAAAAACCCAGACCAUUAUCCUGAUAAGUUUCAGCAGGGAAAAGGGUCAAGGUGUUAAACACAAAGCACACCAUGCUCUCUAGGCUCUUCUACUGUAUUUGGAGGUUGGUUGCAGGACACUAUUCCAGUUAAAAUGAGUGUGCAUCAUCAUGCCAUGGGUGGGCUACAGACUUGGCAAAAAAGUUACAGAAACUUCUGUGGAAUUCAAGAUAGGCAGCGCGGUGUAGCAGAAGGAUGGCUCGUUUUGUGUGGUCUUCAAGGGCCAUCUUUAGCCUGUCUGGCCUCCUUUCAAAGUAUAGUGCACUAGCUUCUUUCCUGAAACGUCCAUUGUAUAUCUGCUGUGUCAGGCAUUCAUUACAUGCUUUUCCUUUUUUGUUUUUUGGGGUUUUUUUAAGAUAUUCCGUAAUUCUAAUUCAAGUAAUUUAUUUUUAGUGGUGCAAUAAAAGAUUGCUCAAGGAAGUAGUGGUCUGGCAAGGAAAAAAGCCUCAUUCCUGAGGAAUGACCCAACUGGUUUCAUGCAGAUAACAUUCCCUUUAGUGCUGGUGCCAGACCAGGGCAGAACUUGCUCACCUUCCACUGAGGAUGUCCUUUUACUUCUUUUGAAACAUUCAUAUUUUGCAAAAGUCACAGCCUCUCUUCAGAUGAAGGGCAGGUUGGGAAAUCUGACAGAAGUGGACCUAACUUAUGAAUCAGUGAGAGCUGAAAGGGUGAUAUGUUUUAAAGGCUUUCUGAGUCAAUAUAGUGCUGCUGCUAUAUAUUAAUAUUAGUAUUUUAUAUUUUUAUAAUAUUUGGUCCCUACUGAUGCUCUCCCAUGGGUAUAGCAGUAAGAUUAGCUCCUUUGAUGUUGUCCAGGGGGAUCCCUUGUGGGAACCCUCAGGUCUGCAAAGGAGGAGCCUUCUGCAGGUGCUGGGCACUGGAGGGAGUUAACAUUAUUACUGCCAUCAGUUUGACCACACAGAUGUAUUUACAGAGAGCAUCCUGGUGCAGGAUGCACAGCCCUUAAUGCAAAUCCCCAAAGGCUGGGUACUGGUCAGGAGAAAGGACUUUUUACUAUAAACUGCCUGAUGUCUCCCCUAGUUUCCUCUGUGGACUAUUACAGAUUGGCC